UUUUGUGCUCUUUUCUGGUGUGCUUCUCUUCACAUUGUCCUCAGAUCAUCAGCUUUGCAAUAUAGGGUCUUUGAAUGGUGUCAUCUGACCAACUUUCUGAGCUAUUUUCGGAUUUGGGUAGUCUCUCUCUUUGAUGUCCUUCACAGUUGUAUGUUUUCCUGGGAGUAUACACAUUCUCCUGCUCAUAACCUCAACUUGGUGACGUCUUUGAUUGGCCCUUUUCCCCAUUCCCUUCUCAAUGUCUGUGCUUUCAGCUCAACCUUGAGGACAUCUGGCUCAGGCAUGAGUGGUAACUUGAUGGAGAAAGUAAGCGCAUUUGGCGAGCGUGCAAAGAUUAGUGGGGCUGAAGUAGGCCGAAAGAUGAGCGCUGGCGUGAGCUUGAUGAGCUUCAAGGUGAAGGAGCUUUUCCAAGGCACCACCCCGGGGGAUAAGCUUGUCAAGGAUGCUACCUCCGAGCUACUCAACGGACCUGAUUGGGCCCUGAAUCUUCAAGUAUGCGACAUGAUUAAUCACGAGAAGAUCAACCGUGGGGAAGUGAUCCGCGGCGUAAAAAGACGCUUAAAUGCGAUGAGCCCGAGGAUCCAAUACUUAGCUUUGGUCUUGCUGGAGACUUGUGUCAAAAAUUGUGACAUGGCAUUCUGCGAGGUGGCUUCCGAGAGGGUUCUUGAUGACAUGGUCAAGUUAAUUGAUGACCCGCAGACUAUAUUUAGUAACCGGAACAAAGCCCUGAAGAUGAUUGAAGCAUGGGGAGAGUCGAGAAGGGAACUCAGAUACCUGCCUGUAUAUGCAGAUACAUACAAGAGCUUAAAGGCCAGGGGCAUUUGCUUUCCGGGUCGUGAUGAUGAAAGUUUGGCACCUAUUUUCACUCCACCAGCUUCAGUUUUGGAUUCAGAACCGGAUUUUACCCUUGCCCGACUUAUGCAACAUGAUAUGCGCAUUCCUACGUUUACUGCUGAACAAAUAAAGGAGGCGCUUGAGGUUGCAAGAAACAGUAUCGAGCUUCUUGCCACGGUCUUAUCCUCCUCACCGAAACAAGAUGUUUUACAGGACGAGUUGACAACCACACUGGUGGAGCAGUGUCGCGAAGCUCAGUGCAACGUGCAGAGAAUCGCGGAGACAGCAGGAGAUGACGAGGCUCUACUCUUCAAAGCCUUGAAAGUGAACGACGAAGCCCAGGAGGUCUUCUCCAAGUAUGAACAGCUGCGGGAACCAGCCACGCCGGCUCCGGUACUGCCAGGACCAGCCAUGAUAACGCAGGAUUCACCGAGUGAGGCGACAGAAGACGCUGUGACUCGAGAACCUCUGAGCUAUAAAAGUGGGAGGGAAAGAUGGCAUGAGGACAUGAUGGAGGAUCUGGACGAGGUGAUAUUCGGUAAGAAAGGCGGGGGUAGAUCUGAAGCAAAGCAAGACGACCUCAUUUCCUCGUGAGGCGCGAUAGAGUGCCAUUUCAACUUCUUGAUUUUGGGGGUGGUAAAGGCGGUGAAUGAUGACUACAGCUGUUGCAAUUGGUUGCACAUUUCUUUCAUGUUUGGAUUUUCUUGUUG